CCACCGAGAAUUCGUAAAAAAAGUAGAUAUUACGAGGAAUAUUAUGAAGCUACACCACAGUACAAGGCCCGCGAGUCCCCGCGUUUUUUUUCGCCAAUCAGGCCUCUCCAACCAGAUGAUUCACACAGAAUGCGUAGGAACGCUAAACAGGUUUGCCUUUUUAUUGUUUUUAUUGCGAAAAAGCAUAAAGCAUUGCCAAGUUCAGUGGGUUGGCGCAACGCGUACGCAAACCCCGAAAGGCGCACUGCUCAGGUCAACGCCGUUCGACUCAGAAACGUUUUAAAGCUUCCAAAAGCCCAUAAAUGGGUGUUCUAUGAGUGGCUCUACUCUAAUUUGGACAGGUAUUUUGAAAUCCAUCUUGUGUGUAAUCCACUUAGACCCUUGCUUCUGAGUGAAAAUGAUUUUCGAAUUUGCCUUCGUGAGAACUUUCCAAACGUCAAAACUCGCCGCUUAACAAGAGCGCAUUGGUCCCUACUUCGUCGAUUGAUGGGAAAGCCCCGGCGCUGUUCUGCUGCGUUUUUUGAUGAAGAACGCCGUUCACUUAACGAAAAACGGGAAAAGAUUCGCACUUUACAGGCUACACGGUCAGUACAACUGGAAUUUUUGCGCGAUCUUCCUGACGAUAUGCAUGUACCUAUGCCACUUAUUAUUGGAACUAGAAUUAAUGCUCGGGUCCGUUAUCCGACAGACGGGCUCUAUCCCGGUAAAGUGGAUGCUAUAGACUCAUUGCGUCACUGUUACCGUGUAACGUUUGAUAAAGCCAAUUUGGGCACUCGCUCCAUUCCAGAUUAUGAAGUUAUUAGCAUUGAACCUCAAGAAACGAUCCCUCUGUCUGCCUAUAAAACGCAACACAAAGCCAGUCGGAAUUUGUUUAUGAGUCCAGCUAGAUUAUUGGCCCAGUCUGCUCUGCAGGGGAAAAGACACAUGCAUCACCACAAAAUAGCACACGCUGUAGGUGGGGCCACCAGUGACUUUGGUAUUCACGACUGCCCUUUAUGUCAGUCUGGUGAUGGCUCAUCGUCUACCGGCAUGUCAGCGUCAGUAAAGGCUCCGUCCAUGGGUGAAAUGACCUCUGGGAUCGGUGGGGCGGCGCUUUCACUUAAUGAUCCGUCAAGCAGCGGUGGACGGUUGUUAUUAAAUGAAUCAGAUAUAUAUGGAGGUUAUCCAAUGAAGUUUCUCGUGAUGGUGACAAAGCUGUCAAAAAUUUUGGAAGUAAAAAAAAUGUGUGUAGACGAGUUGCAAGAUUUAAAUACGGAUGCUGAGCGCAAGAUUUCAAAUCAGUCUGAAAUAUCACUCGGUUUCCAACACAAGUACCUAACCCUAAUCGUACACUUGGAGCGUUUGAACAAAGAACUCAACCAGUACCUUAUUCACGUUCUCCAAUACGCCAACGAGAUUGCCCAAGAGCAUGGCGUGCCGCCUUUAGAGCAGCCAGCGGACUUUAAACAGCGUUGUGACGAAGACGCUUAUGACAUUGUAAAUCGAGUGAAAAGUAUACAAGUGCAACGUCUGCGCAAUAUGAAAAACAUGGAUCUUAUCACCAAACUGACUGGCAUCCUUGUGCAAGUUCGCUCUCUUAGCGAACAAGAGACCUCCACACCGGACUGCUCCAGCGUGCUCGACUCCUUGCGUGAUUUAAAAGCCACGCUUCACUCAAGCAACGUCCAUACGUUUGAGGACAUCCUGGAAGUGAAGGUCCACCACGUGAUGAGCGGUCUAAACACCCAGGGGAACCUACACUCCUUCCUGUAUAUGCACCCCAAUCAUAUGCAAUACGUUUGA